ACAUAAUUCUCACUUUUAUUGAAGGAAUCUCAGAGAACGUUCCCCCAGUCCUGGCCAGAAUCCUUCUACCCCCCAGUCCACAGACAGCCAAGCAGCUCUGAGCGAAACCUCCUGUGUCCCUGUCAUCAUGGCAACCCCGCCUAAGCGCAGACGCUGUGCCUACCUGGAUUCUGAUGCCACACAAUCCUUGCGUCGCUCAACACGCAAUACAUCCGGAGGGGAUCGGGCAGCAGAAGGUGGGGGUGGAAGCAGCAGCAAUGCCUCUCCUCAACCAAAGAGAAGGCUUACUGAGGUGCAAGCAUCACUACCCAAGUUCUUCCUCAACCUAGAGAAGAAAACUCCUGUUCACAGUGGCUCCUCAUCUCCUUUGCCCUUGACACCAAGCAAGGAUUACACUGGAGGGCUUUUCUCAGGGCUGGAAACCCAGAGGAACUACGAACUAAAUGAGGUUCUGAGCUGGAGACUGACACCAGAUAACUACCCUCAGAGCGACCAGCUUCCACCUCCCUCUUACCUCUAUGGCUCUCAGCACCUGCUUCGGCUAUUUGUGAAACUUCCAGAAAUCCUGAGGAAGAUGCACAUACCAGAAAAGAACCUGAGGGCACUAGUGAAACACUUUGAGCUUUUCCUCAGGUGCAGAUUUCUUUUAGCAUUGCAUGCACAUGAUUAACUUCUUUUAUCAUUGAUUGCACAUGAAUACUUUAUGUAAGGAAAAUGUGUACGAGGUAGUUCUAAAUAAUUGUUUUGUAGUUUCAAGGUGUUCUUGCUGAUCAUUUGAUAGAGAACACACAGGCGAUAUAAAACAAAUAUUGAUUAUAUUUCUAAUACAAGUUAUAUUUCAGCAUGUGUCCUAUCUACUAAAAUGUAUAAAAUCAAAGACAUGAAAUAUGAUUCUCAAUGAAACCCAAAUCCCAAAACGUUAUAGGACUAGGAGUACAUUCCAACUAUCAGAGUAACAGGGAAAUUAUAAGUGUUGCUCCAUUCGUAAAGUUUGGGAUGUCACUGUAUAAUUUAGUGAGAAAACUCCUUGACACUCAUAAAUCAUUUGGACUUCAGACAUAACAAUGUAACCUGAAAAAAGGAGUCACUGAAAAGUACCCACUGCUAAUGCACAGACAAGCAGUGUAGAAUGCUGUUUGACAGAUUAGAGGACCAGAACUUACUUUUAAUGAAAACCCUCAUAAUGAUUGUUCCCUUUCUGUCGUUCACUACAAUGUGUGUCGUAACGACAGAAUGGGGAUUGUCCUUGAGAGACCCAAUCACCUCUGAGUAUAUCAGAAAAGGCCAAUGAAAUGCGAAUGAAGUUGGUGUGCAGAAUUUGCAUGCAAGGCCACGCCCGUGCAUACAGGUAUUUAAGGCCAGCCAUGUGCAAAUGCAAUUCACUUCUGUUUUUCGGACCCUGAGCUAGGCAUUUAUGAGAAGUUUUCCCUUCACCUCAGUCACUGGAUAUACAGCACAUUCAGCGAUCUCUCACUGAGCACAGAUAAGUGUGAGACAGUUCCCUGGGUGCUUCAGUGGUUUUCACAAGUGAGAAUUUCGCUCUAAAAGAGCGAAUUUCUCUAAAAGAGCUUACACGGCCGUCUGUGUCUUUUUCAAAAUGCCAUUCCAUUCAUGUUCUUCUGAGUGAGAUCAACUUUUCAUUCGGGGCUCCAGCAGAUGAUGAGGUUUCUCUCGCAGCAUCGGGGGGUGGCUUAUGCCUUCAGAUGCUGAAGCUUCAACUGGGCUGCCGCCUUCGGGUUUCGUGGCCCAGUCUGAGGCUGACGCUAAGUUGGCGGCCAUGAGCAUUGGGUUGGAGUUGGGUUGUUUCCAUCACCUUCACCAAAGCAUUCACGAUUGGAUGAUUGGUUUCUGGGGUCUGGAUCGCCACAUGUGGCUAAACCUUGCUGAGAUGAAGGACACCGAAAGGGUUCACUUUCUCGAUGACUCAGUCUCUUAAGGCGGCCUCUUCAGUGAGAUGCUGGGAGUCACGUGAUGUGCGCGAGGUAGUUAGACGUUACCAGGAGAGCUCUCUAGAAAUCGUUUAAUAUCUUUUGAAACAAACACUGAAACGUUGCCCAAUAGUGAUUAAAGUCUGCCUGGUAAUUGUGAGCAACUGGGAAUAAUGGAGCAUCGACCGAAACCAAGCAAAGCUAAGCAUAGAACCGCUGAAACUGAGAGAAAGUCUCUGCAAAAUGGCACCGAGGGUAACGUCUCUGAGGGGGAAAGUUUAGCGGAGGUUAUCGCCACCACGCUGAAAGAGUUUCACGAGAUCAUUGGGAGUGUUAAGCAGGAGCUGAUCUCUCAAAUGUCAGACCUUCGCAACUCCAUUCAGGGAUCAAUUGACAUCUUGACCGUGUCUAUUUCAUCUAUACAAGGCCGGAUCUCUGCGGCUGAACAAAGGAUCAGCGAUGUUGAAGAUACAGUUUAGGGAAAUGAGCAGUCCCUCAGUCUUCUCAAAAAAGACAACGAGGUUCUCAGAAAUAAGUUGGAAUAUAUAGAAAAUUACAACAGACGAAAUAACAUCUGUCUGAUUGGAUUGAGUGAAGGAGUCGAAGGUCGAGACACGGUCGAAUUCUUUAAGAAAUGGCUACCGAGCGUUUUGGGAGAAGAGAACUUUGGCGCCCCACUUGACAUUGAGCGUGCCCACGGCGUUCCGGCUGCACGAAUCUCGGGGAGGGCCCCAUGGCCCAUCCUAAUUCGACUUCUAAAAUUCCUGGACCGCGAAAGUAUCCUACGUAUCGCCUGAGAUAAAGCUCCAAUUUCCGUUGAUGGGAAGAGAGUAAGUUUCUUUCCGGAUUUCUCAUCAGACGUGAUUAGCCGGAGAAGAGAAAUGAUCCCAGUGCUCAAGGCUUUAAAGGAGAAGAAUGUCAAUUGUCACCUCGUUUAUCCCGCUCGUAUCUGAAUUCUUACGGAGGAUGGUGCAACACGAUUCUUUCAUACCAUGACGAAGCAUUCAAGUUUCUGUCGGAACAUGACUGAGAAGUUUGCUGGAUGUGGCGGAGUCCGGGGCGCUCCAGGACAGACGGACGCUCUUAUCCCAGGUUGAUUUGACUCUGCGAUUAAUUGUUAGGACUGGUCGGGUGAGUGACUUGUCUGUCUGAUAGUUUGGGAACCUAACCUGAUCAUCUUUGGUCGCUUGGGAUUUUAUUUGAAUUGGUAGUUUGGUUUAUUUUCCCCAUUAUUAUUAUUAUUAUUAGGGGCCAAGCACCGAAGGUGCGGAGGCAUCUAUUGUAUCCGUUGGCGUUCUUUUUUUUUUUUUUACAUUAUUAU